CUGCAAUAAUCAGGUUUUGAAAAACCAUUGGAAUUCUCAACUACUAGUAAUUGUUAAACGAUACCAAAGUUUCAGAACUAAAUUUGUAGGGUUCCUAGUGAAAGAAACCCUUCCAAAAAUUCUCCAAAGCUUAGGAUGAACCUAAGCCAAAGAGGGGGUUUGGAAAUAGUUUUCAACCAGCAAUAGACGCGCCUCGGUUAUUACCUCACUAGCUGCGUCAUUGCCCCAAGCGCAAAGAUGAGAUUCCCACAAUGCUGCCUUUCGUUUUUAUAACAAAUCAUUCCCCUCCCUCUUCUCUAUUUAGCCGGUGUGGGAAAGUUAACCGAAUCUUAGAUUAAAAAAGGACCUCCGUUCCAUAUGCCUAUACGAAUCUGCGGCAUCAACCGUCAACGUUUGGCUCAAAUCGAAGGUCUGUUUCUCCGCUGUCUCGUUAAAUUUAUAUCUACAUUAGUGAAGUGUGUUGUAGAGAAGAGUUGCUAGGCUGAUAGUAUUAUGGAAGGAGUUAAGGGAGACGAUGAUGAUGGCAGCACACUGGCCCCACUGGUGAAGUGGAGAAGAGAAUUCUCUAGAAUGUUCAGGCACUACCUGGAUAGGUCUGUUCCUUAUACGUAUAGGAGAUGGCUUGGUACAGUAGCGGCUGCCUCAGUAUAUGUAUUACGGGUUUACUAUGUCCGUGGUUUCCAUAUCAUAUCCUAUGGUGUUGGAACCUAUCUUUUGAAUCUACUGAUUGGAUUCCUAUCCCCCAAAUAUGAUCCUGAACUUGAAGCUCUUGAUGGGCAUGCUAGAGAUUCUGAUGAAUAUAUACCAUUUGUUCGCCGUCUCCCUGAAUUCCUGUUGUGGUAUGCAGCCACAAAGGCUUUUGUUGUAGCUUUUUUUAUGACCUUCUGUUCGCUUUUUGAUGUCCCGGUUUUCUGGCCAAUACUGCUUUGUUAUUGGAUUGUGCUUUUUGUUCUUACCAUGAAGCGUCAGAUAACACACAUGAUUAAGUACAAGUAUGUGCCUUUUGACCAUGGAAAACUGAAAUACAGUCGGAAGAGAUCGGCUGCAAGUAGUGGGGGCUCAUCAAGGGGUUAAAGUUGUGUGGGUUCGCGAUAGCAUGCUGUGGGUGAGGUUUGGAGAAUCACAUCUUUUUGUUUCUGAAGCAUUUUUGUGUAUUUGUGUUUCUUGAGUCUGCUGAAGAAAAACUAUAGUUUGCUUUGACAUAAAAUCAGGGCUGUACAGAAAGAUUAGUAGCAUUUGGAAUAGGCUAAUGUUCUUUCAUGCCCCCCCCCCCCCCCCCCCCCGGCAAGAACCCCUCUGGGCGCGGAGUAUAUGUAGUCCAUCUCCAAAUAUGCAAGCGUACCUGUGGUCAAUGGCCUGACAGACUAUAACCAUCCUUGUCAAAUAAUGGCCGACGCACUUACAAUAAUUGAACAUGUUGGACAUCUUGAAGGGACAAAGGUUGUCUACGUUGGAGAUGGAAACAACAUUGUGCACUCUUGGCUAUUGUUAGCUUCUGUGAUUCCUUUCCACUUUGUUUGUGCUUGCCCAAAAGGGUUUGAGCCUGAUCAGAAGACGGUUGAAGUCGCACAACAAGCGGGAGUUGGCAAAAUUGAAAUAACUAAUGACCCAAAGGAAGCUGUUAAAGGAGCUGAUGUUGUUUAUUCAGAUGUUUGGGCCUCCAUGGGCCAAAAGGAAGAAGCAGCACAUCGACGUAAAGUCUUUCAAGGGUUUCAGGUAGAUGAAAAGCUGAUGAAAUUAGCGGGCCCAAAAGCGUAUUUCAUGCAUUGUUUACCAGCAGAAAGAGGGGUGGAGGUGACUGAUGGGGUAGUAGAAACAGCAAACUCAAUUGUGUUCACCCAAGCUGAAAACAGGAUGCAUGCCCAGAAUGCCAUUAUGCUCCAUGUCUUGGGCCUCUAAAUCUUAUCCUCCUUUUAAUUUAUUUAUUAUAAAAUCAAUCUUUUUUCUUUCAUGAGACCAGCAAACUUGCACCAUUAUUGAUGCUCAUUUUUCUCUGGCGAUUUUUAUCCGUGUUGGAUUGUCCCAGAGUUUUGUUAUUAGACUUUCUGGUAAUUUUUAUGUACAUCUAUCUAUCAGACCGAGAAUUCUUAUGAAAGAAAGUUUGUGUUUAAUUAUACUUCUGGUCCCAUGAUGAUUUUCAGAAUACUUGUCUUUGGUCGAAGCAAGUUCUUUGCGUUCUCGAAUUUGAGCAUCAAUUGAUAGUCAUUUUCGAA